AUGGCCGAUCAUCAACUUAAUGGCGCUCACUAUGGCCCUUCCAUCCCACCGACGAGACCACAAAGGCGACGCCACAAUGCCGGCUGCGGCUUCUGCAGUUGCAUCUUGGGCUGCUUUAGAAGCUGUUGCGGAUGCAUGUUCAACUGCAUUUUAAGCCUAAUUUGCAGAAUCAUAGCCACAAUCAUCAUCUUGGUGGCAAUAUUCGGUUUCCUCUUCUGGCUUAUCGUGCGUCCUAACGCCCUCAAGUUCACCGUUAUGGAGGCAUCACUUACUCAAUUCAAUUUCACAAAUAACAACACACUUCAUUAUGAUCUUUCCGUCAAUCUCACAAUCAGAAACCCUAAUAGAAGAGUUAGUGUCUAUUACAAUGACAUCGAAACACUUUCAUUUUAUAAAGAUUUUAGGUUUGGUUCUCAAACCCUAGGAAAAUUCUUUCAACCUCAUAAGAAUACAAGCCUUUUGAAUCCUGUUUUUAAAGGUCAACAAGUGAUUCCUUUGAGUUCAAGUCAGAUUUCGGAGUUCAAUAAGGAGACGAACAAUGGGGUUUAUGGAAUUAAUUUGAAGGUUUUGCUUAAUGUUAGGUUUGCCUUGGGUUUGAUCAAGACAGGGAAUCUGAAACAAAACCAUCAUUGUGAUUUGAAGGUUCCUUUCAAGUCACACAAUGGAACUUCUUCUUUGGGUAAUGGAUUUCAAGCCACUCGUUGUGAAUGGGAUUCCAAAUGGUGGUUGUUGUUCCGUUAGAGCUUAUUAUAUAAGCCACUCAACUUAUAUUUUCUGUUUAAUUUAUGUUUUAUUUGAUUUUGCAUGUUCAGUGAUGAAAUGUUCCACGACUACUAUGAAUUUCGUUUUUCUGGUGUAAUUAUUUAUAUGUUUGCUGAUUUUGGUUAAA